AUGGAGGAGGAAGCGACGAACCUCGAGGGAGUCAGCGGGAAGGAAGGGGCGUUUCAGUCCGUUCUGGACUACGCGGUGGACGAGGUGCUGACGACCCAUGGCUACAAGGAGACGGACGACGUCAUCCUCUUCGACGGUGUCUGCAACCUCUGCAACGCAGCGGUCAACUUCGUGCUGGACCAUGACCAGGACGAGAAGUUCCGCUUCGCUGCACUGCAGAGCGAGACCGGGCAUGCGCUCCUCCGGAGGUACGGGAGGGACCCCAACGACAUGAGCUCUCUCGUUCUCGUGCAGCACGAGAAGGUCUACGACAAGUCGGAUGCGAUGCUUCUCAUCGGUCAGGAGCUCAACCUGCCCUGGAACCUUCCUCAGCUCGCGGUGGUUGCAAGGACAGUGGUGCCCAAGCCUUUACGAGACUGGUUUGUGUCGGACAUCAUCUCCAAGUAUCGCUACAAGUUCUUCGGGGCGAGCGACGAGUGCCGGCUGAUGGAGGAGGGGCUCGAGAAGCGCUUCCUGACCUGAUGUCUCUCCCCGGUCGCUCUCUCUUAGCCGCCUCUUCUAUUUUUUCCCCACUUGGCAGCCGAAGAAGACAUUUGGCUCCU